CGACGAAAUAAAGGUUAGAAUUUUGUUUUUUUAUGUUCUCUUUGUCGGUUUAUGAGAUAAUCAGUAAAAGUAUCCAACGUUUUAACUCGUCAAAAACAGCACACCUUCUAGUAACAACAAUGUCUUCCCAAGUUAUUACAGGAAAAAGACUACCAAUUAAUCUAUAAAUAUAUCCUACUUACAUUUCUGAUCUUCAGCUUCAUAGCUCUCCUUCUCAUAUUUUUCUUCAGCUAUAUCCUUGAACCUAUCAGGCCUAAACCAUUAAAAUGUUGAAAGUCAUCCGAAGAACUCUCUCGACAAGCGCACAGUGUCGUAAAUUGAUCACAAUCAAAAACGAUGCCGAAUUUAUUGCCAAAGUUAUGAACUCCGACAAUCCCGUGAUUGUCAACUUUCACGCGGAAUGGUGCGAGCCAUGCCAUAUUCUCACGCCAAAGAUGAAGGAGCUCAUCCAAGACAGCAACACCAUCGACUUAGCAGUCGUCGACGUGGAAAACCACGCCGAACUAGUGGAAACCUUCGAAGUAAAGGCGGUGCCAGCUGUACUCGCCAUUAAAAAUGGCCUAGUCGUCGACAAAUUCAUCGGUCUAGUCGACUCGAACAUGAUCGAAAAACUCAUCGCCAAAUUAGAUCCGCAAUAGUUAGCAUUAACAAAUUUAUGUCGCUUUUUUGUAUUUACCAGUUGCCAAAUUAUGAACAUUUGUAUUUUCUAUUUCUAUUACCUAAUAUAAUUGUUACAACGUU